UGAGGGACCAAACAAGGUAACAGACAAAUGCUCUUCGAAAAGUAUAAAAGCACUACAUAUAAGUGAACCAUCAAAUGAAUUUGGUAAAUAAAAAAUUUCCUAAUACCCAGCCUUCACUUUGUUGACUGUUCAACUCCCUGUUUAUCUACAUGUCCCUCUUGCUUUUCUGAGAGUUAGUGUGUAUAAAGGAUAGCAUUCUCCAAAAUGGGAAAAAUGAGGAUUUCCCUUAAGGACAUGUUUUGAAGGUGUGUCCCCGUCAACACUUAUUGAACUCCAAGUUAGAGUAGGAGCUGGAGGUACACAGAUGAAUAAACAGGGCCUUCAGGAGCUUACCUGUCCAUCACGACUAGGUAACAUUCCCAGUGUUAACACACUUCCUGCUAAGAGGAUGGGAGCUAUCGCCUACUUGGAAGACUGCACUAGCCGCAGACAAGCAGGAGGGGGCAGAGAAGGCCCCAGUUCGGCUCUGGAGGCCAACGGGCCGAAUGGAAGCUCCCGCGUCACUUUCCAGUCUGCGACUUGGACAGUAGCCCUUCUGUCAUUCCCCUUUCUUGGAACCCAGGGAAGAUAAAAGAUCCUUUUCUACUACCAUAGUAGAUAUAUCCCAAGUCACGAUUUCUGACUCGCAGCGCUUUGGCCCCCAUUCCCUGUGAAGGACUCACUGCGCCCUCCAGCGGCAGAAAGACGGGAGAACCCCAGAGAGUCGCCCCAAAGCGCAGGACACCAUGCAGUCCUCCUUAAGAAACUAUCUGUCCCCCUGGCCCCGCCCCUUCACGAAGUCCCGUCCCCGACGCGACCUCGAUUUGUGGCACCGAUUGGUUGGUUUCUGUGCGUGCACACGUUGCGUGCGGGGCGGAGCGGAGGAGCGUUGUCCGUAAGGGCCUUAGUCCGCUGUCCUCGGCAGCCACCCACGCUCCUGAGCUGUGUCCGCCCCUUGCCUGCCUUUAGAAGGAGCAGGCAGCAGCCCAGGCUUCUGGUGGUCGCGCAGCAAUCAGGCGAAUUUGCUGAGCUGCUCUCUCUAGCUAGAGGCUCUUCUCGGCCAGGUCCAGGUCGGGGGGAAAAUGGCGCCGGCACCCCAAGGCGCCCGGGAGGAGCCGCCGCUGGAGUGUCGCUGCAGACCGCUUUCCCGGCUCCUUUUCCUCGCCCAGGCCGUUCUUCUCCUGCUGCCGGCCGCCCGGGCAGGGCUCUGCCCGGCGCCGUGCUCUUGCCGCACUCCGCUGCUGGACUGCAGUCGCAGGAAGUUACCGACGCUGAGCCGGAGGGCGCUGUUGAGCCCGCUGCCUCCCGACGCCGCCAGCCUAGACUUGAGUCAUAAUCGGUUGUCUAACUGGAACACCAGCUUGGAGUCUCAAACAUUACAAGAAGUGAAAAUGAAUUAUAAUGAGCUAACAGAAAUCCCUUAUUUUGGAGAUCCAACCUCUAAUAUUACUCUACUCUCAUUAGUCCAUAAUGUAAUCCCAGCAAUAAAUGCAGAGGCAUUUCAGUUUUACCCUGCUCUCGAGAGUUUAGACCUCAGCUCAAAUAUAAUAUCAGAAGUCAAGACAUCUUCAUUUCCUCGAAUGCAGCUUAAAUACCUGAAUUUAAGUAAUAAUAGAAUAGCCACCUUGGAGGCUGGUUGCUUUGAUAAUUUAUCGAGUUCCUUACUAGUGGUAAAAUUAAACCGGAACAGAAUUAGCAUGAUUCCACCCAAGAUCUUCAAGCUACCUCACCUCCAAUUCUUGGAACUUAAAAGAAACAGGAUUAAAGUUGUAGAAGGUCUAACCUUCCAAGGGCUUGACUCCUUAAGAUCUUUGAAGAUGCAGCGGAAUGGAAUCAGCAAACUUAAGGAUGGAGCUUUUUUUGGCUUGGAUAACAUGGAAGAAUUAGAACUGGAGCAUAACAACCUUACAGAAGUCAACAAGGGGUGGUUGUAUGGUUUACGAAUGUUACAGCAGCUGUAUAUGAGCCAGAAUGCUGUUGAAAGAAUCAGCCCUGAUGCAUGGGAGUUCUGCCAAAGACUCUCUGAACUUGAUUUGUCCUAUAACCAGUUGACCCGCUUGGAUGAAUCUGCCUUUGUGGGUCUGAGCUUACUGGAGAGAUUGAAUUUAGGGGACAACAGAAUCACUCAUAUUGCUGAUGGUGUGUUCAGGUUUCUUUCUAAUCUUCAGACACUAAACUUAAGAAACAAUGAAAUUCAAUGGGCCAUAGAAGAUUCUAGUGAAGCUUUUGCUGGACUUAAAAGUCUCACUAAAUUAAUCUUACAAGGAAAUCAGAUUAAGUCAAUUACAAAGAAAGCAUUCAUUGGUCUUGAAUCCCUUGAGCAUCUAGAUUUGAACAACAAUGCUAUAAUGUCUAUCGAAGAGCAUGCUUUUUCUCAGACUCGCUUAAAAGAACUGAUUCUGAACACAAGCAGUUUGCUCUGUGAUUGCCAUUUGAAGUGGUUGCUUCAGUGGCUGGUUGAUAACAACUUUCAGCAUUCUGUGAAUGUAAGCUGUGCACACCCUGAAUGGCUAGCAGGGCAAAGCAUCCUGAAUGUGGAUCUGAAAGAUUUUGUUUGUGAUGACUUUCUCAAGCCACAGAUAAGAACACAUCCUGAAACCACAGUUGCUCUAAGAGGAAUGAACAUAACUCUGACAUGUACUGCAGCAAGCAGCAGUGAUUCACCCAUGUCUACUGUGUGGCGCAAAGACAGUGAAAUCUUGUAUGAUGCUGAUAUUGAGAAUUUUGUUCGCUAUCAGCAGCAAGCUGGAGAAGCUCUGGAAUAUACCAGUGUCUUACAUCUUUUCAAUGUGAAUUUCACAGAUGAAGGGAAAUACCAGUGCAUUGUUACUAAUCACUUUGGUUCUAAUUAUUCUCAUAAAGCCAAACUGACUGUGAAUGAGAUGCCCUCUUUUCUGAAAACUCCAAUGGAUCUAACUAUCCGCACUGGUGCCAUGGCCAGAUUAGAAUGUGCUGCAGAGGGACACCCUGCACCUCAGAUUUCCUGGCAGAAAGAUGGUGGUACUGACUUCCCUGCAGCUCGAGAAAGACGCAUGCAUGUCAUGCCUGAGGAUGAUGUCUUCUUCAUUGCAAAUGUGAAAAUAGAAGACAUGGGAAUCUAUAGCUGUAUGGCACAAAAUAUAGCAGGCGGCCUCUCAGCAAAUGCCUCCUUAACAGUGUUACAGACACCCUCAUUUAUUAGACCCCUGGAGGACAAGACAGUAACCCGAGGUGAAACUGCCGUAUUACAGUGCAUAGCUGGAGGGAGUCCUGCUCCUCGCCUCAACUGGACCAAAGACGAUGGGCCACUGCUGGUGACAGAACGGCACUUCUUUGCUGCAGCCAACCAGCUUCUCAUCAUUGUAGAUGCUGGGCUAGAUGAUGCUGGGAAAUAUACCUGCAUUUUGUCUAACACCCUUGGGACAGAACGUGGUCACAUUUAUCUAAAUGUCAUUUCAUCCUCCAAUUGUGACUCUUCCCAGAGUAGCAUUGGGCAUGAAGAUGAUGGCUGGACCACAGUUGGCAUUGUCAUCAUUGUUGUGGUUUGCUGUGUUGUGGGCACCUCUUUGAUCUGGGUCAUUGUUAUUUACCACAUGAGAAGGAAAAAUGAAGACUAUAGUAUCACCAACACAGAGGAGCUUAAUCUACCUGCAGACAUUCCCAGCUACUUGUCUUCUCAAGGAACACUGUCUGAGCCACAGGAAGGCUACAGCAACUCUGAGGCAGGCAGUCAUCAGCAGCUUAUGCCUCCUGCCAGUGGGUAUUUACACAGAGGCACUGAUGGUGGCCCUGGUGCCCGGGUGAUCUGCUCAGAUUGUUACGACAAUGCCAACAUCUACUCCAGGACCCGAGAAUACUGUCCAUACACCUACAUUGCUGAGGAGGAUGUAUUGGAUCAGACACUGUCCAGCCUCAUGGUCCAGAUGCCCAAAGAGACAUACCUGGUACAUCCUCCCCAAGAUGCUGCUAACCUGGAGAGCCUGGUAUCGUCAGCAGAUCGAGAGAUGUCUGCCUUUCCCACCAGCCACGAGAGGAUAAAGGAGAAGAAACAUUCCUUCACACAGAUGAGCAGUGAAAUGUUACAGCGGCCUCUGUGGAGCAUAAGCAAAGAACUGCCUCAUCCUCCCUUUUCCCAGCAGCCAGUCGUUGAGUCCCCACAACUCCAUCAAAAUGAGGCCCUGGCAAAUGGUGAUCCAGACUGUUCCACCUCCCCUGUGUCCUGUCACAGGCUACAUGACCGCGCUUUUGAUUUUAGUAGGACUCGUAACAUUCAAGGUGGUAGCGAGGGCACAUGAAACUCACUCCAGGAUGAAAUCUGGGCAAAGACUCAAAUUAAUUAAUUUUGUAUUUACUACCUCAGAGUUCAGAAGAAACCUCCAAAGUCAGCAUUUGCUUUACUCGUGGUCUACAAUUACUUCAAGCACACCAGGUGGUCCUGGCAUUCACUUGGGCUUGUACUUGAUGAAGGGAGGCUAACGGCUGAUGAAAAUGGGUUCAUCUAAGUAAAUAUGUGUGGCACAGGCAGAGGAUACUGGACAAAUGUGCUUCCUGAUGGUUCCCUGGGGAUGUGCCCAACGAGCAUUCCCUAUUAGGAAGAGGCUCAUUGCUGCUUAACAUGCUGGAUUGUCUCAGCCCACAGAAAGAUCCUGAGAAAACAUCACUCCUUUGUUUUGCCCUCCAAGGAACAAAAAUAACUUUGGAGCCCUCUGAGAAGUGUUCCUGAGCUUCUUCAGUGGCUUUCAGCUCAGAGUUGAGACUGGGGCUUUGAUAUUCAAGGUCUUCAACAAGAAUCCAGGCUUGACCCGCUGUUACCGGUCAAGGGGUUUUAUAUUCUUGUGAAUCUUUUUUUUGGGUGGUUCCCUGUCGCCCAGGGAUCUCAUUGUAAAUAUAUGUGCAUUCAUAAAUAAUUUUUGUAUUCAUUGACCAUGUGUUGGCCGCAAUGUAAAUAUUUUUGAUAUGCCAAAAUUAUAUAUAAAAUCCAGUUAUAUUAACAGCAGCUUCUCAGACUACAGACAGAUUUUGUAUAACUUGAUGUAGUGAAUCUAAAGACUUUGUUUAAUGUUUUAAAAACAUGUUUGUUAAGAAUUAUAUGUGUAGAGGCAGGGUAUCUAUGAUUGCAUACACACAAACACAAUCUUGGUGUAACCAUUUUCUUCAUACCUAAAGGUUUGUACAUCUAGUCAUUUGCCAUCUGUGUACAACUGCUGGGUGAUGGUACCUUCUUAGCAUAAAAAGGCUCUUUCAAACACUAGUAGUCUUGUCACAGCCAUGUGCACAUAGAAAAAGGAAAACUUACUUGGGGAGGAUCUUUCAGCAAAGUACUUAGUUGACAAAGAAACCAAGGUUUGCUUCUUUUCCCUGUUUUUUUUAAUAAUCCCUCUUCUACCAAUGCACACUAUAGCUUAAGGGAAGAGUGCUUUGGGGUUAGAAGAAUGUGCAGAAUUGUCUGUAUUCCUAUAGAGUGGGUCCUUGUUUUAGUACAAGUGAUUAUUUAAUCCAGAAAGUUUCCUUGAAUUUCUGAUAGCAGAAAGCUUUAUGUAAACAAAGGACUUACACUCCAGUAGAAUAUAGUGGACUAGUGUUCUCCUUUCUUGUGCUUUAGAUUUCCUCACAUAGGCUGUCAGAUUCUGUCCCCUGAAUCCACUGAGGACUAGUCUAUACUGGAUAACUUGCAUCACUUAAACAAAAAUAUUGUUUCUCAGUCAUUGUGCAUUUCAAGGGUUCUAAACUCACAUAAUUUCUCAGCUUUUUCCUGGAAAAGUGACCUUAAUUUCAUAUGAGUUUUCAAUCCUAGAUUUUCCUCCAUAGGCAGUGGCACUUCUUUAGCUGUGUAGUACCACCAUGCCUUUCUCUUUUUCCUUUUUAACCUGUCAGCCUCUGGUCAUUUUCACUUUGAACUUCUGAACUAUCACUGUUUUCCUGUCCCUUUAAUUUGUUAUUCCUCUUCUUAGUAGAUUGUAGUAUAAUUUAUAUUGGACUGACUAUGAAUCAAGCGACCUGAUUUAAUUCCUAGUUCUGCUACUGACUGGUGUCCUUUACUUCUCAGCCUGCUUUUCUCACUUAUGGAAUGAGGGCAUUUUACUAGAUGCUCUAAAGCCCUUUCCAGCUGUAACAUUCUGUGAAUCUGUGAUCCCUCCAGGAACCAAGGAGGAUUAUGCUAGUCUAAUAAAAAGCUGCUUUCAUGAAAUGUUUGUUAGAGUAGAACAGGAGUGAUGCUGCUUGCUCUGACUCAAGCCAGAUUUAUUUUCUCUAAGUAGGAGUAAUGGCAUAAGAAAUACUCAGGAGGAGAAGAAAUAUUCUACUUCUAAACCGAGUCAGUAAACAUAAAGAAUCUUGAUGUACUGGGAACUACCCAUUGCUCUCUAGAAUAGCAGGACUGAAUGCUAAUGUUACAGAAUCGGUUGAGAGGCCUGCCACAGCUAAUCUGCAACUCGUUUGUAGCUCAUUUACCUUUCUGGUGUAUUCAAGGUUACCCCUAAAAUAAUAGUACUUUCUCCCUCAAAUUCUCGUAGACUUUCUUGAGUGAGAAAGGUGGAGUUGGAGUUGGGCUGCAAGUGAGCAUCAGCUGUUACAUGUGAGAGGACAAAACACAGGCUGCAAACCAGUGCUCUAGAAAACUUAACAUGCAUGAGUGCCGCCUCUUUAUUUAGCAGUGGUCCCUUUACUGCCUGGAGUGUCAGAGUCUGAUAUGAAUGGCCACAUUCUGCAUUAUGUCAACUCAGAUGGCUGAGGUGGCCUCCCAGAUACUCCUAGCUUGCCUGAAUAACUAAAAAAAACUGGCCUAAAUACCAGUCAGGAAUUUGUUUAAAUGUGAAUAGUCUACUUCUAGUCUUAAAAAAAUAAUAAAUUCUUAACUUUAGGAAAAGAAAUUCCUGAAAUUUUUCAUAAUUGCAUUUUGUUUUACUGAGCAGUGAUUUAAUCCUCUGCUAUGAACAGGACUAGUGACUCAUCAGUGUUUCUUCCCAGUGGUGUAACGCCUGCCCAAUGCCAAUUUAAUCAGGAUGUUACAAAGCAAUGCAAACUAAAAAUUCUCUCUGUUCCCACCCAGUUACCACUUCAUAUUAGGAGGGAUACAUAAAUUAUCUUAAUUCAUUUGUGCCCCUUUUAAAGUGAUUCUUUAAGUCUACCUGGAAAAAGAAAUAGCAUUUUCCUUGAACUCCAAGUCUUACUGACAGAUCUACACCUAAGCCAUUGGCUUUCUGUCACUCAUCAGCUUCUAAAGUGCUUUCCCUACCAUGCAGGUUAUUCCAUACAAUUGGAAAUCUCAGAAACCCAGUCUACUGUGCCAUUGCCUUUAGUGUGCCAUCUCAGAAUGCUCGAAAGGAGUAUUUUUCUGUAAGGUGACUUUCAUGUUUCAGAACAGUUGCCUUCAUAUUAGCCAUUGAGAGGCUGUAAAAGGAACAUCAAGAUAUCAAGCAAUUUAGACUCUUACUAUUUUCCUAAGAAAAGGAAGAUAAGAUUAAUUACUUAAAGGAUUGUCAUCUGAAAAAGGAUUAAAUUCACUGUCUUUAUUCUAAAGAAAAAGGGUCCUAUCAAUGGGGCAGAAUUGCCAAUAAUCUAUGUAAGCUAAUUCUUAACGAUUCGAUUUGUCUGGUAAUUGGAAUAAUUAGCCAUUCAUGGGAAAAGCAUACAUGGAAGCUAAGUAACCAUGUUAACAGCAUUGAAGGAAUACCUGUGCUGACAUGGAAUAUGGGCAAGAUGAGUUAGCGUUCUUUCAGUUUUGUCAUUGGGGAUCUCCAGAAGCAGUGAUAGUCUGAAAACUUUGUCCUUCAGUAAGUUUAGAGCACUUAAGAAAUUUUUUUAAGCUAAAGAAUUUAGGGUUUUGGUUGAUAAAGGGAGCAUGUCUGUGUUAAUAGCUGAAAACACGAACUCUGGGCUAUUCUGAGAAAAUCUGUAACUAGUUCCUAAUGCAAAUGGCAUUACCAUAAUACAAAAUUUUUUAAGCAUGUAAUAGAACACCCCAUUUACUCUGUAAUUUUUAUUCCUGAUUCUUCUUACCAGUGUGACUGUAUUUGGAAUGGGAUUAGAAUUGUGGGGUUCAGUUUUAUACCCAAUAUUUUACCCAAGUGUAUUAUGGCCUUUUCUAAUCAUUUUAAUAUCCCCAUAAAUGCCAAAAGGGUAAUGGAGCAACAGGGGCAAAUUUGCUGUAAUUUUGUGCUACAUUCUCCAUUUCUUAUUUUGCUUCUUGAUGCAGAGUGCAGAGGUAAUUGUGAACCAGCUGGACCUUAGAAGGUUGAACUAAGAUUUUUUUUGGCAACCUGCAAUUAAGGUUUCCUUUUGUGAUGACGUGGUCUCUUUCCCAGGUCAGUUUGGCAGGUGUUUUUCCUCCUGCUUCCUCCAGCUUACAGCUUUUUUGUUUGAAGUACAACAAUCUAAACCAACAUCAGUUAGCCUUAAUUUUCUUUCUUUCUGGAAAACUGCCUGCUUUUGUCGACAAAAAUAACAAGUUCUGAAUUAAGAGAUGUAUUACAAGCUGCUCUUAACAACAUACCUGAAAGCCCACACACCAGCGGAAGGUUUUGUGGGUGGCAGGGACGUGUUUGUGUGAGUGAGUGUGAAUGUAUGUGUGUGGGUUCUACGAGUAACAUGGACUUGCUCCCUCGAGGCUGUGUGUUGAGUGUUUCUUAGCAGUCCCAGUGGGCGGGGUGAAGGUGAAAAGACAACUUGGUUGGAGCCUGUUUUCAGAUGUGAGAAGUAAAAUGAAUUUCAUCAACUGGAACUGUCUUGAAAGAGAAAUCGAUUAUCAGGUGGUCAAGUGCCCUUAGAUUAACUCUUGGCUGCUUAAAGUGGCCUCUUAUUCCAUAAAGAAACUAUUUUGACCCUCUGUUUUCCCCCUGUUCUCCCAUUUUCCCCAUCAGAGAAUGUCAGUCUGAGCAGUACCUAAAGAGUUCUAAGUCAAGUUGUUCAGUGUGGCCCUUUCCUAGUAUCUAUUUAUAUUUUCUCACACAUGAGAAUGUAUAUUUUAUAAAGCAUGUGUCUACUUGUUUUGUCUACAGUAAUAUGUCUCCAAUAAAGCUAAAAUACAUUAUGA